AUGGGGAUUGGUAUAAUAAGAGCUUUUCCUAUCAAACCUUGUUUAGUUGUAUAUCCUUUCUUUGGUAUUGAUCCUGUUAUAUUAGAUCCUAUUAAUGAAGAAGAAAUUAAAGAUACUGAAGCAGAAUGUGAAUGGAGAAGGUAG